AAAUGGAUGCCGGCAAAGAAAACAGAAAAAAGCGCGUGGCCAUAAACGUUUUGUCCCCUUAUUACUUAUUAUAAAAUGUAAUAUAGAAUAUCCCAUGCGCAUUGCUGCCAUAGUUUUUUGCAGUCUCAGUAAACGUCGCAUACGGAUUUCCUCCAACUGUUUAUUAUUAGCAGCCAAUUGCGCAAUUAGCUCUUCUCCUUGUAUAAUAUUUUCUUCAUAUAGUUAAUAAUUAAAUUAAAGAAACCAAAAACACCGAAAUAUUCCACCAAAAUAAUUUCUAUGAAGAAAAACCUCUCAAAGCAGUAUUGUCAAAGCUGAUUGUUAAUUUUGCAGGUCAUCUGUCAUUUGUGAAUGGGUAGAUUAAUUUGGUGGAUUUAUAGGAGAUUAAUGCAUAUGUGAACGUAUUAUUGGGAUGUUUGAAUUUAAAAAUUAAAUCUAAUUAUAAUGAAAAAAACUAAACACAUAUGGCGCAGAGUAUCGAGUCACAAAACCUUGGAUAGUCGCAAAAUAACACUCAUUAUCGAUAUAAUCGGCGAUAGCUCCACAGCUUUAUUAAUCACCAUCGCUAAUUGUCUCGCACAGGAGAGCUUCUGCUUUGAUUGUAAACAUCCUUUGUUUUUUAUUUAAAAAUUUAAAAAAAUCUGUAUUGAAAUGGGUAGACGUAAAACAAAUUUGUCCCGAUCCUCAAGAAAUGCACGGGCGACCGCCCUUUACAGAGCGAGAAAGGCUAAAAAAGCAAUUUCUAUCGAAGUGGAAUCUUCACAGGACUGCCGAGCACCACAAUCUAAAAUUAGAGCUACAUCUGAGUUUACUUAUUAUAAAGGAAGAAAAUAUGGUAAAACCCGCAAAAAAUGGACAAACGAAGAGAAUCAACUUUUAUUGGACUAUUUGUUGGAGAACAAGGAUAUUGAAAAACCUACCGCCCAUCUGUACUAUGCUAAUUUUUUAAAUAAAACCAAAAUUUACGCCCACCCUAAUAUGAUGUGUGGAAAAGUACGGCAUUUGAAAAAGACAUACCUGAUGGCCGAACAGUGGCUAAGAACAAAAGUCAACAAAGGAGAUAUUGACUGCCCAAUAAUAAAAGAGAAAUUGCAUAAAAUUUGUCCAUACUACAACCGGCUUUCCCAGAUCUUUCCAAUUAACGAUUCAGACACAGCAGUCUCAUAUGCUGAGGACGAUUUUUGGUAUAAUGAAAAUAAGACGGCCAAGAUAUUUGGUGAUUUUGCGGAAAAUAAUUCUACGUUACCAGAUGAUCGAUACUCCUCGAGUGAAGACCUGAUGCAAAUGGUAAAAUCAGAGAUUGUAGUUGAGGAAGCAGCUAAUUUGGUAAAAUCAGAGAUUAUCUUUGAUGAAGAGGCAGCUACUGUGAUAAAGUCAGAGAUUAUCUUUGAUGAAGAGACGCUACUGUGAUAAAGUCAGAGAUUAUCUUUGAUGAAGAAGAAGGUACAUAUUGAAAAAGCACAUUGGCUGUCCUCAUAGAAAUACCAACUUUCUCUAGUAAAAAAAUUUACCAAGAUUGAACGGAUAUGCAUUUGCGAAACAAUAAUUUGC